AUGGGACGCGUUAUUCGUGGACAACGUAAGGGACGUGGAGGAAUCUUCAAGGCUGUCACUAAGCAUCGUAAAGGAGCUUCUAAGCUUCGUGCUGUAGAUUAUGCUGAGCGUCAUGGAUAUAUCAAGGGUCUAGUACAGGAGAUUAUUCAUGAUCCUGGUCGUGGUGCUCCUAUGGCACGUAUUGCUUUCCGUAACCCUUAUAAGUUCGGCCUACAAAAGAUCCUAACUGUGGCUCCUGAGGGUAUGCAUACUGGUCAGUUCGUAUACUUUGGUAAGAAUGCUAAUCUAUCUAUUGGUAAUGUAUUACCUCUUGGCAAGAUGCCUGAGGGUACAGUUAUUUCCAACAUUGAGGAGAAGAUUGGUGAUCGUGGUACUUGUGCUACUACUGGUGGUGCUUCUGGUAUUGUUGUUGGACAUUCUGAUGAUGGUAGUAAGACUCGUAUUCGUCUACCAUCUGGUGCCCGUAAGACUGUUAGUAGUCAAUGUCGUGCUAUGAUUGGUAUUAUUGCUGGUGGUGGGCGUCUUGAUAAACCUGUUCUUAAGGCUGGUAAUAACUUCCAUAAGUAUCGUGUUAAGAGGAAUUGCUGGCCUAAGGUUAGAGGUGUUGCUAUGAACCCUGUUGAACAUCCUCAUGGUGGUGGAAACCAUCAGCAUGUUGGUCAUCCUACUACUGUACCUCGUGGUGCUCCUGCUGUAAUAAGAUCAUAG